AUGGAUGAGCUCAGCUUUUACGUCGUAGCUGAGCCCACCUACCCACUGCAGCGCCCGUUUUAUGGCAACGAAGGGGGAAACAACUGGCACCAGGAUAACUGGGAGGGCAAUAACAAUAAUACCAACACUUGGAAUCAGGAUAACUCUCAUGGAGGCCACAAAAACACCUGGAACCAGAGUGGCUGGAAGAACAAUCCUCAUAACCAGAAUACGUGGAAUCAAGGACGUUGA